UCUUUUCUUCUCUGUCACUCACAACUCUCUUUUCUCUCACUUCACAUUUUUUUCCUUUUUAAAAAAAUUAUCAUCUUUUUAUUGAUUUUGUUGAAUCUCCAAGUGUUAACACAACCAUUCUUGUAAGGGUAAAAUGGAUUUAUCAACGGGUAUGAUGAUUGUAGCAAUUGUAGCGGCCUAUUUACUUUGGUUCAAGUCCAUCACAAAAUCCAUGAAAGGGCCCAAAGGCCCAAAAAUUUGGCCCAUAGUUGGAAGUUUACCCGGCCUGCUUGAAAAUGGUAACCGGAUGCAUGAAUGGAUCGCCGAAAAUCUUCGGGUUUGCACCGGUACAUACCAAACUUGCAUAUGUGCAAUUCCCUUUUUAGCCCGGAAGCAAGGUCUCGUGACGGUCACGUGCGAUCCAAAAAAUUUAGAACAUAUUUUGAAGGUUAGAUUUGACAAUUACCCCAAGGGUCCUACUUGGCAAGCUGUGUUUCAUGAUUUGUUAGGUGAGGGUAUCUUUAAUUCAGAUGGUGACACGUGGUUAUUCCAGCGCAAGACUGCUGCGCUGGAAUUCACCACGCGGACCUUGAGGCAGGCUAUGGGUCGAUGGGUGAACCGAGCUAUUAAGAAUCGAUUUUGCCCGAUUCUUGAAAUGGCUCAGGUUCAGGGCAAGCCGGUUGAACUUCAGGAUCUUCUCCUGAGGCUUACUUUUGAUAACAUUUGUGGUUUGACUUUUGGUAAAGAUCCAGAGACGCUCUCUCCAGGGUUACCUGAGAAUAUUUUUGCCACGUCAUUUGAUCGAGCCACAGAAGCCACGUUGCAUCGGUUUAUUAUACCUGAGUUCAUUUGGAAGUUGAAGAAAAUGCUUGGACUUGGAGUGGAGGUGAGCUUGAGCCGUAGCUUGAAACAAUUGGACAAUUAUAUGACCGAUAUCAUCAAUACACGUAAGCUCGAGUUGAUGAAUCAUCAAAAUGGCGGCCCCCAGCAUGACGACUUGCUCUCUAGGUUCAUGAAGAAAAAAGAAUCAUACUCCGACAAAUUUCUCCAACACGUGGCACUUAAUUUCAUCCUAGCUGGACGUGACACAUCAUCUGUCGCGUUGAGCUGGUUCUUUUGGCUUGUCAGCUUGAACCCGAGAGUGGAGGAAAAAAUACUUGUCGAGCUUUGCACGGUCCUAGUGGAGACACGUGGCAACGACACGUCAAAGUGGUUGGAAGAGCCCCUAGUGUUUGAAGAAGUUGACCAAUUGGCAUACCUCAAGGCAGCAUUAUCUGAGACCCUAAGACUUUACCCAUCAGUGCCAGAGGACUCGAAACAUGUCAUUUCUGAUGACUAUUUACCUGAUGGCACAUUCGUGCCAUCAGGUUCAAAUAUCACAUACUCCAUAUACUCAACCGGUCGAAUGAAAUUCAUUUGGGGCGAAGACUGUUUAGAAUUCAAGCCAGAACGUUGGAUGUCAGAAGACGGUAACAAGUACCAAGUUCAAGAUGCAUUCAGAUUCGUGGCGUUCAAUGCUGGACCAAGAAUUUGUCUAGGCAAAGACUUGGCAUAUUUGCAAAUGAAAUCAAUAGCAGCAGCAGUGUUGCUCCGCCACCGCCUCGCGGUGGCACCGGGCCACAAGGUGGAGCAAAAAAUGUCAUUGACAUUGUUCAUGAAAUACGGUCUAGUUAUGAAUGUUACCCCUAGAGACUUGACUCCAAUUUUGGCCAAAAUUGAGAAAUUUUGCAAAAUUGACCACUCUUGUGGUGGAGAGCAUAUAAUCAAUAAUGGUAUUCAUCAAACAGGAGCCAUUGCAGUAAAUGGAAUUGCAGCUUGAAGAUUUAUGAAUCUUGCAAGUGAAAAUCAUAUGGUAAAAAAUAAUUAUAUAUAGUAAAAGGUUAUUUCAUAACUACUUGAUCAUAUGAAAUGUGGCUAUAAGACAAAUAAUGUCUAUCAGGCUUUUAUUUAAACAGUAGACCUGAUAUAUAACUUUUUUCCAAAAUUGGAUGUUACAUCUUUAACCUUUUUUUGUUUCCCUUUAUCACUCUUUCAUUUUCCCAUGUCAAUACAUUAUUAUAUAUAGAUAUUGUACUUCAA